CAUUGGCUCCGCGCGCCCGGCCUCCUCCUCUACCAUUGGUCCGCGCUUUGUCCCGUUUCUACCUUCGGUCCGGUCGGGCGCCGCUCCCCAGUGAGAAAGGUUCCGGCCUGAGCCAUGGCCGCCUCGGCGGAGCCCGCAGUGAAGCCGCUCCAGGGGGCCAUGAAACUAGCCAAAGGGGCCCUGGAGCUGGACGCCGGGGAUAAGCCCCGGGAAGCCUACGUGGAGUACCUCAAGAGCAUCCACUACAUCUCCCAGGCCUUGCUGGAAGAGGCCACAGCGGCCAAAGCUGAUGGAAGUGAUGUGACUCCUGAUACUCCCAAGAUGCUAAAAGUAGCAGAGCAAUGCCUGGAAAGAGCCAAGAGCAGUGUCACCAAAAUCGGAAAAGGAAAAGCGAAGCUGGCGGCGGAGCGGAUUUUGGGGCCGGCCCCCACUUCCCGGCACCGGAGGGUCUAUUCGGACGAAGGGGGCAAGCUCUCGCCUUUCUUGCCUCCUGAAAUGUUCCAAAAGCUGCAAAUCACCGAAGUCCAGAGCGGCAAGAAGGAGCUGACACCAUUGGAAGAGGCUUCGCUGCAGAACCAGAAGCUGAGGGCCACCUACGAGGCCCGUCUAGCGAGGCUGAACCCCAGCCAAGCCAUGCAGAAGACCUCUCUGACGCUUUCCCUGCAGCGGCAGAUGAUGGAGAACUUGGUGAUCGCCAAAGCAAGGGAAGAGACACUUCAGCGGAAGAUGGAAGAGCGCCGUCUGCGGCUGCAAGAAGCUGCCAACAGGAGGUUCUCCAGCAACGCCGUGCUGACCCCAGAGGAACAGGAGCAGCGCGCCAUUUAUGCCGCCAUCUUGGAGUAUGAGCAAGAUCAUGACUGGCCUAGGUCUUGGAAGAUCCAGCUGAAGAAGAAUCCCAAUGACCUCUCCUUGGUAUCCAAACUCAUCUCCCACCUUCUCAGCUUUGCAGACCACCCCAUCUGCCAGCUGCUGAAGAAGCUCCAAUGCUCGGUCUACAGCCGCGUCUACCCUCUGGUCAGCUGCAGCGCUGCCUCCUCCGACCUGCGUGGCUCCAGCAAGGUCUCCCGGGGCCUGUCCCUGUCCUCCUCACUGGAUGCAGCCGAGGCGUUCCUCUCCCCAGCCCCCGAAGGCAGACGUCUGCGCUCCUCCCAGAGCCUCCACUCCAUGUUUUCUGUUCAGGAGAACAACAAGCUCAACCUGCGCCACAGCCUCUCUGGCACUCCCUUCAUUGAGGACCAGGGUGUUGGAGUCCCCGCUGCGGGAUCCGGGCCCCUCCUGGAAGAGCUGCCCUCAGCCCCAGCCGAGCGGGAGAGCUCCUUCGAGGACUUGGAACAGUUCCUCUCUGCUUCAGAGCGGUGGCCAGUGCGGACACCGACUGGCAGGAAGGCCUCCCAGCAGGAGCAGCUGAAAGCCACCGUGAAGGACAUCCACAAUGCCAUCGACAGGCUGCUCUCCUUAACGCUGCUGGCUUUCGAGGGCCUCAAUACGGCGGCUGCCAAGGACCAGUGCGUGGCGCGGCUGGAGGAGGCCUUCUUCGCCCCACUCUGGGCCCCGCUCUUGGCCGUCUACAGAAAUGUCUACAAGGCCCGGGAGGCAGCUCUCUCUCGGAGCAUGGAGCUGCACCGGAAUGUGGCCCCAUCGGACGCCGGCAUUUCGGCCAAGCUCCUCCCGCAGGGCAGCCACACCAGGGGACCCGGGGCCUGUCCGUAUGGUGCGGCCGUCCAGGAACUGAUGCUCCUUCCCCUCGGCUCCUGUCCCCAAAAGAAGCUGGAGUGCAUCGUGCGGACCUUGCGAAUUAUCUGUGAAUGUGCAGAGGAAUACUGUGGGAGCUCUGAAGGCAGGCCUCAUCCAGCAUCAGCCGCCAUUGGGGCUGAUGAUCUGCUCCCGAUCCUGUCCUUCGUGGUCCUGAAGAGCAACCUUCCCCAGCUGGUCUCGGAGUGCGCGGCUUUGGAGGAGUUCAUCCACGAAGGGUACCUGAUUGGAGAGGAGGGCUAUUGCCUGACCUCUCUGCAGAGCGCCCUUUCCUACGUGGAGUCUCUCCACCGGCCGGUCCUGGAGAAGUAGCCCUGCCUUGCCCUUGACCCUUGCACAACAGAAGCAGCAGAUGUUAGCCAUAGGGGACACAUGGCCAUCCCUCCAAAAA